UCCAACACAGUCAGGUCCUGGGGCCUUGAGCGUUGGGAGGCGGAGGGUGGGCCUGCUGUCACGUGACCCAGCCAGCUGUUAGCGGGGGGCUGGAGAGCUGGGAGUCUGGAGGAACCCGAUCGUUGGCUGUCGCCUGCGCUAUUGCCGCUGCAGCCCCCGAUGCGGAUGCUGUAACUCGGCCCCGCAAGACCCCCAACUCGGUUGUCGCAGCAUCAGCACCGCAGGACCCUGCUGGAGCCGGCUGCUUAGCAGGAUGUCUGGCGCUCCUCCAAGUUACUGUUUUGUGGCUUUGCCACCUCGAGCUAAGGAUGGUCUGGUGGUGUUUGGGAAAAAUUCAGCACGGCCCAGAGAUGAAGUGCAGGAGGUUGUGUAUUUCCCGGCUGUUGACCAUGAAGCUGAGAGCAAAGUGGAGUGUACUUACAUCUCAAUCGACCAAGUUCCCAGGACCCAUGCCAUAGUGAUAAGCAGACCUGCUUGGCUCUGGGGGGCAGAAAUGGGAGCCAAUGAACAUGGAGUGUGCAUAGCCAAUGAAGCCAUCAACGCCAGAGAACCAGCUGCUGAGACGGAAGCUUUACUGGGGAUGGAUCUGGUCAGGCUUGGUUUAGAACGAGGGGCAACAGCUAAAGAAGCCCUAGACAUCAUCGUAUCCUUGCUGGAUGAGCACGGACAAGGCGGGAAUUACUACGAAGACGCGCACUCCUGCCAUAGCUUCCAAAGUGCAUACCUGCUGGUGGAUCGUGAGGAAGCCUGGGUUCUGGAGACCGUAGGGAAGUAUUGGGCUGCCGAGAGAAUCACAGAGGGAGUGAGGUGCAUUUGCAAUCAGCUUUCACUCACUACAAAGAUGGACGAGGAACACCCAGAACUCAGAACUUACGCUCAAAGUCAAGGCUGGUGGACCGGAGAGGAGGAAUUCAAUUUUGCCCAGGUUUUUUCUCCAGCCGAUGACCAUAUGGACUGCUGUGCAGGGAAAGACAGCUUAGCAAAGCAGGAAGAAAGCAUCACUGUGCAGACGAUGAUUAAUAUCUUACGAGACAAAGCCAGUGGAGUUUGCAUAGACUCUGAGUCCUUCCUCACCACAGCCAGUAUAGUAUCUGUCCUGCCUCAGAACAGAAGUUCACCGUGCAUCCACUACUUCACCGGGACCCCAGAUCCUUCCAGGUCCAUUUUCAAGCCUUUCAUCUUUGUUGAUGACAUAAAACUUGUCCCCAAAGCACAGUCGCCCUGUUUUGGUGACGAUGACCCAGCCAAAAAGGAACCUCGGUUCCAGGAGAAGCCAGACCGCCGGCACGAGCUGUACAAGGCUCAUGAGUGGGCACGUGCUAUCAUCGAGAGUGACCAGGAGCAGGGCCGCACGCUGAGGAAGACCAUGCUGGAGUUGGAGAAGCAAGGUUUGGAAGCCAUGGAAGAAAUCCUAAGCAGCCCUGAGCCCCCGGACCCUGCCGAGGUGGGGGACCUUUUCUAUGACUGUGUGGACACCGAGAUGAAGUUCUUUAAGUGAUGUAAGCACCCUCGCCCUGACUUAAAACUUCCCACCCGACUAAAUUACCAGCAGAGAAAUGCUCUUCUGUCUGAGUAAAAUGAGAGUUACCACGUGGCCUCCUUGUGUCUAAAUGUUCCCUCUGUUCGCCUAAAGCAACCCCGCCUUUGCUAUGUAACGCGAUCCCACUUGCCUCUUGCUCCAUUGUGUGAUAAGCUGUGGGCCUGAAGAUGUUCUUGUGUUUCAGUGACAAUGGACACCUUAGCUUCUUAGGAGGAACUAGAGUUCCCUCAGCCUUGGACGAGGCUGCAGGGCCACGCUGGUGGGAAAGACAAGAGCCAUGAAGGCCCUGAGCCCUCUCUAGAUACUGAUUUCUUCAUGGUUAACAAAAGGCUUUUUUUUUUCAUACCAAAGGCCCUUGUGUGUGUAGAUGGGGGAGAAGGCCCCAGCUUCCCUUCACAGAGCACAAGCCUGUGUGUAGCUCCAUAGUCCUUGCAGGUCUGUUUUGGGAAACAAAGGCAACGGGAAAGAACAGAGGACCCCUGGGUACAGUCCCACCUCUGCCCCAGUGUUAGUGGUGUCUGAAGGAACUGUGUUCAGUGAGCUGCGCUCAAGCACAGUUGAGCAGACCUGUUUCCACAUGCAGGAGAACUGUGCAUACAUGUUAGCUGGACCUCCCCACCCA